GGAGCCGCGCGAUCGGAGGCGGGCGGGGGACGACGCCGGCCCGGUGCGCGUCUGGCGCGUCGAGGGGGGGACGAGCUCGGCGCAGGGCGCCGCCGGGGAGCGGACAGGAACCGAGCGGAGCUGGUGGCCGGGAGCAGGAAACGCCGCGGGCGGCGGUAAGGCCUUCAGCGGAGCGGAGCGCUGCCGGGAGACCCGCCGUCGGCGCGGUCCAUGGUCAAAGGCGUUGCAGUAACCAUGGACAAAAGAGGAGGUGCAACAGAAACUGAAAACGGUGAUGCCUUCCUGGAGCUGAACAGAGUUACAACGAAAUACCCUCAUCGAUACACAAAGGAGGAGCUGUUGGAUAUCAAAGAGCGUCCCUACUCCAAGCAAAGACCUUCUUGCCUUUCUGUAAAAUACGACAGUGAUGGUGUCUGGGACCCAGAGAAGUGGCAUGCAUCUCUGUAUCCAAGCUCAGGAAGAGCUUCGCCAGUGGAGAGCUUUAAAAAAGACUUGGAUUCAGACCGGACCUCCCUUAUGCGAAGGAUAGUGGAUCCCCGGGAGCGAGUGAAGGAAGAUGACCUGGAUGUGGUUCUGAGCCCGCAGCGGCGGAGCUUUGGCGGCGGCUGUCACGUCACGGCGGCUGUCAGCUCACGCCGUGCCGGGAGCCCGCUGGAGAAGGAGAGCGACGGUGUCCGUGUCAUCGGGGGCCGCAGGAUCGGCAGCGGCAGGAUCAUCUCUGCUCGGAGCUUCGACAAAGACCACAGGGGUGCCGAGAAGGACCUGCGGGACCCCAGAGACUUGAGGGAUCGUGACAGGGAUUACAAGGACAAGCGCUUCAGGAGGGAGUUUGGUGACAGCAAACGUGUCUUUGGGGAGCGGAGGAGGAACGACUCGUACACUGAGGAGGAACCGGAGUGGUUCUCUGCUGGCCCCACGAGUCAGUCUGAAACCAUUGAGCUGACAGGCUUCGACGACAAGGUUCUGGAGGAGGAUCACAAAGGCAGGAAGCGGGCACGGCGACGCACAGCCUCCCUGAAAGAGGGGAUAGAGUGCAAUGGUGGAGUGGCAGAAGAGGAUGAAACGCAAACUGUCAUCGCCAAUGAGACUCCAGCAGAUCAAGAAGUUCCUAGGGAUGCUGUAUUACAAGAACCAGCUCCAGGAGAGUUUGACUUCAAUGAGUUCUUCAAUUUGGAUAAGAGUGUUCCUGGCCUGGCUUCGAUGAUAGAGGAUGUGCUGGGGGAAGGUUCAGUGUCUGCCAGCAGGUUCAGCAGAUGGUUUUCUAAUCCCAGUCGUUCUGGAAGUCGGUCAAGCAGCUUGAGGUCUACACCACAUGAGGAACUGGAGAGGCUGGCAGGUCUAGAGCAAGCCAUUCUCUCCCCUGGCCAGAACUCUGGAAACUACUUUGCUCCCAUUCCAUUGGAAGACCACUCUGAAAACAAAGUGGACAUCCUAGAAAUGCUACAGAAAGCCAAAGUGGACUUAAAACCUCUUCUCUCAAGUCUUUCAGCCAACAAGGAAAAGCUUAGAGAGAGCACACAUUCAGGAGUUGUACUUUCAGUGGAAGAAGUUGAAGCUGGGCUAAAAGGCCUGAAAGUGGAUCAAGAGGGAAAACUUGGCACUCCGUUUAUGGCUGAGCAGAUGGAGGACACACUGAAUGGUGCUGGCGCCAGGCAGGUCAAGAAAGAUGGAGACAUGACUGCAUUCAACAAACUAGUCAGCAGUAUGAAAGCCAGUGGCACUCUGCCUUCACAGCCCAAAGUCAAUAGCCUUGAGAGCCACUUAAUGUCACCUCCAGAGAUGCCGGGUCAGCCUCUAGCAAAGAAUAUUCUGCAGGAACUACUUGGUCCACCCAUUACCAGACCUGCUUCAUCAAAUGUCUUAAGUGGCCUGAUAAGUGGCUUGGAACCUGGAGCCUCUCUACUGCCCCAGAGGACACCUUCUCCCCCCAUCCCCACUGUGUUCCCAGCUCGAGCUGCCUCUGCGGAUUACCUGCGCCACAGGAUCUCGUCGCCCAUCGGGUUUGGACAAAGCUCUCAGCAACUGCUUGGCGACCCGUUCCCGGCUGUGAGGAAGCCCAUGAGUCCAGUUGCUGCACAGAUGAGUCCCUUGGAAAUGCAGCAAGCUGCCCUGGAGGGACUGGCACUGCCACACGACUUAGCCAUACAGGCAGCAAACUUCUACCAGCAUGGUUUUGGUAAACCACAAAUGGACAAAAGCAGAGAUGGCUACAGGAACAGGCAACAGCGAGUGACAAAGUCACCUGCCCCAGGACACAGAGGCAAUGCUGCUUCUCCAGCCCCUGCAGCAUCCAUUACCAGCAUGCUGUCUCCUUCCUUCACACCUACCUCGGUGAUUCGCAAGAUGUAUGAGAGCAAGGAGAAAAGCAAAGAGGAGCCACUUCCUGGGAAAAUCAAAGUUGGUGAUGGCAAAGAUGAAAAUCAGAGGCCAAAUGAAGCUGCAGAUAACCUACUGUCUAGUUCUGUAGAGAAUGCAGAUCAAGAAACUUUGCCCACCUUAGGUACCAAACUGCCUGCACUGCAGCGCUCUGCAUGUUCCACACCUCUUACCCAAGCAAAUCGUUGCACCAAAGAGCAAGACUACAGGCCUAAGUCAACUGGUAGAAAGACUCCUACAAUGGCCUCCCCUGUCCCAGGAGGCCCUUUCCUUCGUCCCGUUCAUCAAGUCCCCCUUGUUCCCCAUGUGCCGAUCGUACGACCUGCUCAUCAACUGCACCCAGGAUUGGUCCAGAGGAUGCUGGCACAGGGGGUUCAUCCACAGCACCUUCCUCUGUUGCAAGCAGGUAUGCUUCCUCCUGGAGUGGACCUUUCUCACUUGCAGGGAAUAUCUGCUCCCAUCCUUGGUCAGCCUUUUUAUCCACUACCAACGACAAGCCACCACAUCCUUAAUCCCCGUUCUGGGACACCCCUGCAGCUGGCAAUGAUGCAGCAGCAGCUACAACGAUCAGGCACUGGAGCACAGGGAUCAGCUUCUGGUGCACAAACAGCCCCUCAGAACGUGCUGCCCCGGACUGGGUUGUCCCAUGGACACACACAGCUGGACCACCGCCCCAGCCAGAGGAGCGGCUCUCCCAUUGGCCUCGCAAAGUGGUUUGGGUCGGAUGUCUUGCAGCAGCCUCUCCCUUCCAUGCCAUCCAAAGUCAUCAGUGUGGAUGAACUGGAAUUCCGGCAAUGAGCCGCGGCCACCGGGUGGAACACCUCUGUCGUUCUUUAGACUGGACACAUGUUCAUAGUCAGGACUUCACCUCUGUUUGGGUUUUUUGGGGGCUUUUAUUUUUUAGCACUCUGUGCAAAGUUUGUUUUCAAGAGACUAAAGCACAUGGCACCUGUCCUGGUCUCAUGUCUGCAUCAAGACUAAAGGAUCCAUUAUGGCUUGAGUAGUGAAGCCUGAAGCAAUGUAGAUGCAAGACAAAGCCAGUUUAAUCCUGGAAGUGUCUAUUUUUUGUUGUUGUUUUUGUAAGAUAUGUGAAUUAAGUGCUGAUAUUCUCUAGUGUAGAGGUAGCAGCUAAGGAUUCCUCCUGCAGAAGACUAAAUGUAUAGACCCUUGUGUACAGACUUGUGUAUAAACAAUCUUUUGUACAUACACAUCUAGAGUAGCCUUUUUGAAUCUCUACAGCCUGUACAUAAGAGUAGCUGAUCAGAGUUGAGCUUUAGUUGUGCCUAUGGUUUGGAUCUUUCUCCAUUGUACCUGUGGGGCUUUCUUUAAGAUUAAAGUUGCAUAUCCCAAGUGUGAGCCAACAGGAUAAAGUUGCUUUGCCUUUUCUUGCUGCUUAUCUCCAGGCCUCCCUCUCACCUUCUGUUAUGUGCUGUGCACUCAGUGUAGCUGAGGUAUCAAAGCCCAUGUCCUGCUGUCCAUAUAAUAAAGGUCUGAGUCCUUGUGUGUGACUGCUGCCGCCACCCAAGAGUUGUUAGUCUCUGAGUAGCCCUGAGGAUGGGACCUGCUAUGGAAAUGCUGAUAGAGCCAGAUCUUUGUGCCAAAAGCGGAGACUGGAGGUGCCUCUGUACUAGUCGUAGCCCUGGCAGAGGGCUGGUGCAGGUCCUUGUUUAGCUGCAGUGUCCCUUGUUUUAAUGUUUCAAACCAGUUACUGAAGGUCAUCAAAAUGGAGCCUCUGAAUCCUCACCUUUCAACUCUGUCAUAGUUGUGGUCUGUUCUACGCUGCCUUCAGUCUGUGGAUGAAGGGAGUCCCAAGAGCUGCCCUCAGCCUAGUUGCAUCUCCUGAUGCAGUUACUGUGAACCUUGCCUUUAGAGUCUUGUUCUGUGGCUUGAAAGGGGGAGGAUGUGGUAGUUUUGUGAUCUGUUUGGUUUUAAUAUACUAUGUUCCUUUUAAGCCUGUCUCACUUUCUUAACAGUUCUGUGGUCUCUUCCAUCCUUCUACUGCAUGGUUCCUCACUUCACUUCUCACUGGUGUUGAGUCUAGUACUGCUGUAGUGUCCUCUCUAACUUAGGCUGUUGUGCUUUUAGAAGGUGAAAAGCCAAGCCAACCUUGUCACAUCCUUGCUCGCUCUUAGGUCUCACUGAAUUUAAAGCCAGUGGCAGGAAAAAGAAAUCACUUUCCUGUCCUGUAACAAUUGCCAGCAUGCUGUGGUAGGUUUGUUUCAGGUGGGCAGAGACAGUGUUGCACAGAAAGAGCAAGCUGAAAGCUCUGGUGUGGAAUCUGUUGGGGGUCAUCUGUACUUCUCGUGGUUGUUCCAGAAGCAAUCUGUGUAGAAGAUGCAAUCACCAGCUUGUCCUUGUAAGCUCUUUUUCAUACUUUUUUAACUUGACACUUUCCCAGUAACGUUCUGUAAAUAAAGUUGAUUCUACCAGC